AUGCGCGAGGACCGGAGUAUUGGAUCAUACAACAUCGAGGAUGGUGACUCCAUCAAUCUUCAGGCGGGGCCGUUGUCUUUUGCGAAGCCAGUCAUUUAUCUGCACUCGCCCUCCGAUAUCGAUGUCUCUGUCAAGCUCUCCCUCAUUCCGGAGUGGAGCCUCUCUGUCAUCUAUCCCGUUGUUCCCAUGGAUUAUAGACAGCAUUUAGAAUGGAACGUCCGUACUACCCAUCAAGAUGGGAGUCUGACUGAACAUAACUCCAGUCUACACGUGUCUUACUUGUUCUGGGAGGCAAAAACGAAUUUGCAAGCAUUUCCACGUUCACCAGCAUCCAAACCGCCACCAGUAGAUACAUUCAAUCCAAUAACCAACAGUCUCGAUGAUAUGGAUUCAAUCGUCAUCCCAGUGUACAAAGCCCCUGUAUACCUCGAUAAAUCGCUCAAGGUUUUGGGACUUCACACUGAAGCUAGAACAUCAUUCAUAACGUGCGUACAUAUGCGCUACCUCAGACUCUCAAAUCAUGAACACCUACUGGCUACCGUCUAUCCUCAAGCGGCAUACGAACACGCCGCUUCUUCAAACAUUUCUCCGCAACCUGACGUCGUGACUCGCGUAUGCAUGUUGUUCAAAGGUAUCUGUAAGGAGCACCUAGCAAAUUGGCCUAAUGCACAAAUGCAAGCAGGGAACGACGUUGUUUGGUGGGUGGAUGUAGUUGGUGUUGAUCCUACAAGAGCUGGUGAUGUGACUUUGUUCAGGGUGUUGGAAUGGGGCGGGGUGGAGGUUCUCAUUUGA